AUGGAAAAAACAGGACAGGAAAACGAAACGGUGGUCACUUCAUUCCUUCUUCUGGGAUUUGGAGAUUUGGGGGAUCAGUGGUUUCCUCUCUUCCUGCUCUUCUUGAUGAUCUACGUUGCUACCAUGGCUGGGAACAUCCUCAUCAUCAUGCUGGUUAUAACUGACCACCACCUCCAUACUCCUAUGUACUUCUUCUUGGCUAACUUAUCCUGCCUAGAGUCUUGUUACAGCUCUAGUAUCCUUCCCCUGAUGCUGGCUAAUCUUUCCAAAGGGGGUCAAGGAACCGUUUCUGUAACUGGCUGUAUGGUGCAGUACUACGUUUUUGCUUCCUUAGGAGCUUCUGAAUGUUAUCUGCUUGCUGCAAUGUCGUAUGACAGGUAUCUGGCAAUAUGUAAACCACUGCUAUAUACAACACGUAUGAAUGGCCAGGUUUGCUUUCAGCUAAUAGCUGGAUCUUGGAUAAGUGGUUCUUUGGCUGUAAAUAUAGUUAUAUAUGUAAUGCAGCAACUGAGGUUCUGCAAAUCUCACAAAAUCAACCAUUUCCUUUGUGAUCUCAAUCCAAUAGUAAGACAGGCAUGCAAUGACACACACCUGAUUGAACUGUUAAUAGUCUUUUUUGCUGGUUUGUUUUCCUUGCCUCCCUUCUUGUUGACUUUGGCCUCGUAUGUUUCCAUCAUAUCAGCCAUUGUGAGAAUCCCAACCAGCAGUGGGAGGAAAAAAGCCUUCUCAACCUGCUCCUCUCACCUCAUUGUGGUGUCUGUCUUCUAUAGCACAAUAAUGAUUGUUUAUAUGCUGCCCAAUACAGAGGCACUACAAGAUCUCAACAAAGUCUUCUCUCUCUUCUAUACAGUCCUGACACCUUUCUUCAACCCCCUGAUAUAUUCCCUGAGAAACAAGGAGGUAAAGGAAGCUUUCAGAAAAAGUGUUGCUAGAUUGUGUGUAUUUCAUCGAUCUCAUGGGUCUAAAUUAAUGCAUUUUUUCAUUUAA